UAUUUUCCUAGACGAUAGCACAGUCAGUCAACCAAACCUCAAGUAUACAAUUAAAUGUGUAGCUCUCGCAAUAUAUUAUCACAUCAAAAACAGGGCCAGACCAAAGGAUUUCCAGGGCCGAGGCCUGAGGGCUGGAAGUUCCCCACUCUUGAUCUAAAUCUUUGCUACCUGUGUUCCUGCAGGCUAGUGAAAAUAAGCACAGAGACCCAGAUGGAAGGAUGCUCUUAGAUAUUUUUGAUGAAAACCUUCAUCCUCUUUCGAAAUCUGAAGUGCCACCAGAUUAUGACAAACACAACCCAGAGCAGAAGCAGAUUUACCGGUUUGUUCGGACACUGUUCAGUGCUGCUCAACUGACGGCUGAAUGUGCCAUUGUCACUCUGGUAUACCUUGAAAGACUUUUAACAUAUGCAGAGAUAGAUAUCUGUCCCGCCAACUGGAAACGAAUUGUUCUCGGUGCGAUUCUGCUGGCCUCCAAGGUGUGGGAUGACCAGGCUGUGUGGAAUGUGGAUUACUGCCAGAUCCUGAAAGACAUCACAGUGGAGGACAUGAAUGAGCUAGAGCGACAGUUUCUUGAAUUGCUCCAGUUCAACAUCAAUGUUCCUUCCAGUGUUUAUGCCAAGUAUUAUUUUGAUCUUCGUUCUCUGGCAGAAGCAAAUAACCUGAGCUUUCCUUUGGAGCCCCUGAGCAGGGAAAGGGCUCACAAGCUUGAGGCCAUCUCUCGCCUCUGUGAGGACAAGUACAAGGACCUGAGGAGACCCACAAGGAAGCGGUCAGCGAGUGCUGACAAUCUGACUCUGCCUAGGUGGUCCCCGGCCAUCAUCUCCUAACUGGGCGUCCCCACUGGAGGCUGUACCAUCCCUCAGUUUCUCCUUUAGUUUGAGAAAAGACAGACUUGGGAUGGUUUUGUUUUUGUUUCCCUUUUUUGGUUUUGUUAAAGUCAUAACUCCAUCAGGCUGCUUCGAUGACUGCCUUUGAGCUGUGUGGCCCACAUGCAGCAAGGCUUUGAGGGAAGCAAAAUCAGUAUUCUGGAAAUCCUGUUUCACACCUUGCCCUGUCAUCAUUAACAGCACUUCCUUCUUGGAAGAUAAAGACUCGAAUCCUGGAGGAGGAAGUAAAGGGAAAGGAAAGUUGUGUAGAAGCAGGAAAAAUGGCUAAUGACAUGGCCAUUUCUUAAGUCCCCCAUCUGGUCAGUAGGUGAAUAUGACGGAAAACAACAGUAGUUAACACAGUUAGAUGUUCAUUAAAGACAAGAGUGCUGCCUUUAUCACCUCUGUCUGGAUCAGUCUGUUCUUUAAGACUUCUUGCAUCCCUUCUAACUGCUAUUUGGGAAUUUGGGGGAUUUUUGUUGGUUUUUAUUCUGUUUUGGUUUUGGCCCCACAGAGCAGAGAAUAUAGUUUGUACCAUGGCACAGACAUCCAAAUAAAUAGUACUGGUUGUUUCUCUCUGCUCUAUUCCUGCGAGCUGUCUCCUGAGCUUUCUUCCUCACAAGUGGAAUGCACUUGUUACAUUUCUCUACCACUUUAUUUUAUACACUUUUUCUUCAACAAUGGCAAAAUUAACUUGACAAUAGUGCUGAACCAAAAGUAUCCCUUUCCUUCUUUAUUCCUAACCUCCCCCCCAAAAAAAAAUUCUAGAUAACAUGGGUGCUUGUGCCUUCCAAUUUUCAUGCAGUUGUUUUUUUUAAUCUGACCUGAAGUUGUAGUUAUAAAUCAAUCAAACCUCGUGGGCCAAGGAAACAAUGUGCAGUAGAAGCUGUCCUUGGUUGAGAUUUUUUUCCAGAUUGCUUGGUGUUUGCCUGAAGUUAUUGAGUAGGAGCCAUUUCUUUGUACUCCCUGCCCAGUUUGUUCCUCUACUUCUGCAUCCAUUGUUGCAAGCAAUAUUCUUAUCAAUUUUUAUAUGUUUAUUUUAAAUCAAAGUUAGUCUAUUUGUAUAAAUUUUUUUAAAAAUUUAAAAUUAAAAAACGGGGGUGGGGUGGGUAGUCCAGUGGGGAGAUUAUUGGAGGGCAAAAUGUUACUAUUUGCUGAGAUAUUUUUCACAGAAUGAUUGAAUAAAAAAAAACCACAACACUUGCAUUUUCAUUGUGGGUGCUUAGAGAAGUUACACAAAAUUCAAACUGUGAAGGUUUAUGCUUCAUUAAUUAUGAUGUACUUUUUUGUUUUCUGACUAUUUCUUUAGAAAAUAAUCUUUUAUAUCAAAAGGGUUGAUCAAAUAUCAAAGAGUAAAUUUGGUAUUAAGUCUUAAGAAUCUGAGUCAAUGAAGCAUAUAAUGCUUUGGGUUUUUGCAUAUUUUCUUGUGUCACAAUGACAAGAGGGUCUAACUUUUUUCCUUUCUCAAGUCUCUGAGGUGAAUGGCAGCAGGUACUCUGUUUCACCUUCCUUUUAUGUGAGCUUGGAAAACUUUGGAAUCUUAUAUUAUUAGUCUUGAAUACCCUUUGGAAAUUAAAGGAAUUCAGAAAGUUGAAAUCCCAAGAAUACCAAGCUGAAAGUACUAGUCAGGUUUCAAUGAAAUUUGUGUCAUGGGUAAACAUAACCGGGCCAGAUAUAUUGUCAAGUUCUUCCUGACCUAACUUUCAAAAGCAAGGAAGCAGAAAAGGAAAAGUUAAUUAUUUUUCCAUUGUAAUUGUAUUGAUAUACUUUGUAUGGGUCCAAAAUCAGCUUCUCUCUUCAAGUAAGAGUCUGAUUUAGAACUUUAGAGAUCUAAAAAUAGAGAAAAUAAUCAUUUUAUAUUCCCUAUUCUAUAGAGCUUAAAAAGGGACAUAUUUUCUUAGCUGAAUAUGAAUACCUCUCAAGCAUAAAUUAGUUCCUCUCAUGUAAAGUAUCUUAUUUUACCAAUCCAUUUCAAGAAAGAGGUUCUGCUGCCUUUAAAGCAGAAAUCUUAUUUUUAUCCCUUUUAUUUGAAUGAGAUUUGAAAAUUGAAUUAUGUAAAUAUUUCAAUGCAUCUACUAUUAUUUUGUGGAGUUUAUUAAACUACUUUAAAAAUUGUAUAGUCUAUAUAUUGUAUGUACAUACAGUCUGAUAACUUAAAAUUUAAAGUGAAUCCCGUAAAACCUGGCUCACUCUUUGUUUAGACUAUUGAAUAUUGUUUUAGCCUUGUGCACUGGACUCUACCUCUGUAUAGGAAAAUUUUCCAUAUCAUUAAUAAGUAUUGAUCUGUAUUAAUUGGUUAUGUUUCUUGCACUAAGAAUUUUUAAGCUCUGCUGUAAGUGUAGAUUUUACUUUGCAGUAUGAAUCACUUGACACAUAGCUAAAUACUUUAGGUUUGUUUUAUUUUUCUACAUGAUGAUGAAGACAACAUUUUGUUCUCUGGUUUGUUCUAAGUUUGCCAAAAAAACAACAACAAAAUAUAAAAAAACAAAACCCUACAACAACAGUACAAGUACAGUACUGGUAGUGAAUGGUUUGUUUGCAAGGUGAUUCAAUGCACUAUAAUUAAAGCUGGAUUACUCUUUAGGAAUACAUUGUCUUAAUGUAGUUUUGAAUGCACAGUUUUCAUCACUAAUGAAGGAUGAAGAAAACCACACAAUUUGUUUAAUUUAGACUUGACUUAAACAACAAAGUCACUGGGAGAAUAAGUAUAUAUUCCAAUGAGUAUUUUUGGUUUAUUUUACUUUAUUCUUAACUGGGAAAAGAGAAAGAAGUCAGGGAUUCAAAACCAAAUUGGAGGGCAAGCUGGGAGAUCCUACCAAGAUCAAGAUGUGCUCCCAUGCCUUACUGCAUGAGGUCAGAGCCUGGGCUAUCAUCUGCUCUGUCCUGGGCUGGACUCAUGAGCUUCUUCCUUGGGCAUUGGCAGGAGCUUCUCCAUCUUGGGGUUUUCCUUGGUUCUGGGGAUUUUGAUCCUCAGCUGAGCUGCAAAGCAGAAUUUUGGGAGUGAAUGAUUUCAAUACUUUCUGGCUGUUUUUUGUAAUCUCACACUUUGGGGCCAUAUUUUACAGUUUUGAAUUUUUAAAACAAAGUUUCAUUCCUGGUUCAUUGUAGGUAUUUAUUAAGUGUUAAAUAAAUAAAUGCAAAGAACAAAUAA